CUGUAUCUCCACUGGUGGACCUGCUACCACUGUCACUUGGACCAGAGACUCCACCACUGUCACCCAAGGAACUGAGACUGUGUUGAAUGACCCAGUAGACUGCACAGUACACCCACACUCUGACUGUGACUACUCUAGGAGUGUAUAAUUGUACUGUGUCUAAUGACAAGCCCUCUACUGCAUCAGCUAAGAUCGCAUUAGGUCCAUCUGAUGUGACAGCAGUCCAGGAUGGUCCUACCAGCAUCAGAGUUAGCUGGACUCCUCCCUCACAACUGGUUGGUAUCACUGGCUAUCGUAUCUCUUACACUGGAGGAAGCAACAGUGACAGUGUGAAUAUUACUGGUGGAGAUAGCUACAUACUAACUCAACUUACUAAUGGAGAGACCUAUACCAUUACUAUAAGAGCCACAUCAAUGAUUUUAAGUGAAAGUGUUCACAUAGCUGAUGUUCCUUUGGUUCCAUUUUCAGCUCCAUCUCUGCAAGUGUCUUCAGUCACUGACAUUACUAUAGCCAUCGCUGGUAGUGUCCCAGCCGAUGACUCUGUGGUGACUGGGUUUAUGGUCCAGUGGCAGAGAGACACAUUAGUUGGCUGCUCUGAUGAGGAUGAUGGUAGUAUCGAUGUGAAUAGUGGUUUCAUUGCUGAAAUAAUACCUGACCUAGAGCCAGGCAAUCGUUAUUUUAUCACUGCAACAGCAUACAAUGCAGUUGGCAAUGGUCCUGUCAGUGAUAAGGUCACUUCAAGCACCUUGGAGACAGUUCCCUCCAGUGGUCCUACCUCAGUCAGAAAUACUAGUGUCACAGCCAGUAGUAUUACUGUCCAGUGGGGAGAGGUGCCUUGUCUGGACCGCAAUGGAAGAAUAACGGGACUUCAGAGUACAAGCUCUGAGAAAUGGAAUGGUAGAGAAUAUGACUACUGCUUUUGGUGGCAAUGUUAGGGAAGCUACACUCUCUGGAUUGUCUCCAUCAACCCUGUACACUGUCCAAGUGGCAGCAGUGAAUGGUGCUGGUACUGGACCAUACAGUGGUGUAUCUGUCAGGACUGGUGGUAAGUUGGGGAGGACU